AUGGAUCAGCUGCAGCCUUACAGCUUCGCGGCGGGUUCUCGGCCUUCCCAUUCAGAUAAAUCCUCGAACCCCGCUGCGCCGCUGGAUCGGCCAUCUUUUACUUUUAUUGAUCACGACGAUGACUUGACAUCAAAGAGAAUCAAAGAUGUCAAUGCCCGCAAGGCCAUCCGCUCCCAUGUCAUGCGAGAUGUGCGCCGUCGUGAGAGACUGGCUGGGCUUAAACGAACUUCUAAACGCGAUAGCCGGAGCCAGCAAGCUGCGGCGAAAUCGCAGGGCAAGUCGGGCGAUGAGCCCAAGGAGCAAAGACUCACCCUAAGAUCGGCAUCUGCCUCGUCAGCUUCUUCAUCCCUGAUUGACGCCGAGAACGACAACACCUAUGUCUCUUCCAAGCCUCGACGAGGUCGACCGGCAAGAUGGAGUGCUGGUUACCCAUUGACGCCGCAAUGGAACCCCAAUCCGCGGUUAUUACCAAACUCGUGGUUCUUUGAUCCCUUUUGCUCACUCCCAGGGACCAGUGAGCUACCUUCUAUGGUUGCGCAUCUGGUUUACUACUGGAAAUCUGUCUUUGUACCGAUGACGUUCCCUAGUGAGCUCAAUGGCCAAGAGUCUCGUGAGGUAGAAUUGAUGGUUCGAUCCUCGUUUUCAGAUCCCGGGAGCUUCUUCGGCCUGAUGACCAUGUGUGCGGCGCAUCGGGCCAUUCUUUCAGUUGAUCGAUUUGAUGCAUCAAGAUCUGCUCGCUCAAAUUCGAUUGUGGACGAUCCCGAUUUCUGUAUCAUGAAAGCGAAAUCAAUUCGAGAAAUGAACGCCAAGAUGCGAGAUCCUAAACGCGCACUAAGUGAUGAGGCAUUCGAUACGAUUGUAAAUUUGCUCACGGGCUCGUUAAUUGCUGGGCUGUUUGACGAAGCUCGAAUCCACUUGACCGGUCUCAAGCGUAUGGUAGAGCUGCGUGGCGGUAUCACAGAUGAAAGCAUACGUUCUGCUUCAAUGUUGUCUGCAAUCAUCACCACCGAUGUAAAAGCCGCUUCUGGCCUACUGGUCAAGCCAGUCUUUCCCCUCACUUGGGACGCGCAGCCCGUACCCCAGGAUAUUCAGCAGCGAAUACAACCUCCAGAUUCCUCGCCAGCCCACCAACUUGGCUCUGGAUUCUUUUCGAACAUUCUCCUAAGCUCCCAACUCAUCCGCAUUCUACACGUGAUACGGGAUAUUAUCUACUACAGCAUCGCUGUGCAAACGAAACCCGAAGCACUUCAGCCGGCUGAUAACCAUUUCUUCCGAGUGCUAAAUUGCGAAGCAGAACAUCAGCUGCUGAGUUAUAUCUAUCCUGAAAAUCAGGAAACAACAAGCACCUCUCAACUCACUAUAGACAUCCACCCCGUCGAGGCAGUCACACGAGUGGCUGCAAUCGGCUUCCUAAACAACUUUCUUAUCGUCUCACCCCCUUCAUCCGGUCUCGGCCGGGCACUCACAAGCCACAUCGUCUCUGCCGUAGAGAACUGCAAACUCUCCCUUCUUCUCACCAUGCCAAAGGAAAACUUCGGAUUAUUCGCUUGGGCCUUAUUUGUUGGGGCACAAGGAUCGGCCGGUCGAGCCGAUAGACCGUGGUUCGUGGAGCGGCUGGCCCGCGUUGCAAUGAUCUGCGAGUGGCAGAGCUGGGACCAAGUCUCGAGGAUCAUGUCUGAUUACUUUUAUCUUCCCGCUCUCCAUCGCAUGGAAUGGAGGUUUAUCUGGGAUGAGGCGAUGGCAGGAUACGUGGUCUCGGCGGAUGAAUCAUGA